CCGGCCCCGCUCCAUCCCUCCUCCCUCCUCCCUCCCGCAGCCGCACCGAGCCACAGACCGCGGCGGGGCCGGGCAGGGCCGCACCAUGACCGAGACCACCAAGACCCACGUUAUCCUGCUGGCCUGCGGCAGCUUCAACCCCAUCACCAAGGGCCACAUCCAGAUGUUCGAGCGAGCCCGGGAUUACCUGCACAAGACCGGCCGCUUCAUCGUCAUCGGGGGCAUCGUCUCGCCCGUGCACGACUCCUAUGGGAAGACGGGUCUGGUCUCGAGCCGGCACCGCCUGACCAUGUGCCAGCUGGCUGUCCAGUCCUCCGACUGGAUCAGGGUGGACCCCUGGGAGUGCUACCAGGACACCUGGCAGACCACCUGCAGUGUGCUGGAGCACCACCGUGACCUGAUGAAGAGAGUGACUGGAUGCAUCCUCUCCAAUGUCAACACGCCCUCCAUCACCCCUGUGAUCGGCCAGCCCCAGAAUGAGUCCUCGCAGAACAUCUACCAGAACAACAACAACAUCUCCAACAAGCCCACUGCGGCAAAGAUCCUGGGGAAGGUGGGAGAAAGCCUGAGCCGGAUCUGCUGCGUUCGCCCGCCCAUGGAGCGCUUCACCUUUGUGGAUGAAAAUGCCAACCUGGGGACAGUGAUGAGAUAUGAGGAGAUCGAGCUUCGCAUCUUACUGCUCUGUGGCAGCGACCUGCUGGAGUCCUUCUGCAUCCCUGGUCUCUGGAACGAGGCAGAUAUGGAGGUGAUCGUCGGGGAGUUCGGGAUCGUGGUGGUGCCCCGGGAUGGAGCAGAUCCCGACCGGAUCAUGAACCACUCCUCCAUCCUCCGCAAGUACAAAAACAACAUCCUGGUGGUGAAGGAUGACUUGAACCACCCCAUGUCGGUCGUCAGCUCCACCAAAAGCAGACUGGCCCUGCAGCACGGGGAUGGACACGUCGUGGAUUACCUCUGCCAGCCCGUCAUCGACUACAUCCUCAAGAGCCAGCUGUACAUCAACGCCUCUGGCUAAGAGCCAGGGCCCUUGCAGCGAGACAGCCCUCGUGUCCCGCCUGCCUGCAGCUCUCCAUCACUCUUUUUUCUCUCUCUCAGUCCGUGUCUCCAUCUCUCUCCCCAUCCCAUGGCCUCCUGCCCGUGUCUGCCUCUCACCCCCGGCACCAACACUCCAUCAUGCAGCAAUGUCCAGGGAACACUUUGGUCUCUUUUCUGGGGCACUGCCCUGCCCUGCACACGUGGGGAGGGAGGAGGGACCGGGAGGAGAGCGGCGUGCUCGGUGUGCUCGAGGGGAGGCCGCCCCGGCACCCCCUCCCAGCAUGGCCCUGGGAAAUGGCCUCCCCGGUCCGUCCUCCCAGCAUGCUCAGAGCCAGGGGCUGCCUCUUCUGCAUCAUCUUACAGAACUUUAGCUCAAUAAAUCUAGGUGCAUUUUUUUUUUUUUUAUCCAGUAGUUUAGUGCGAGCCCUUUGAGCCUCUGGACACGGCGACCGAGCAAACCCCGGCUGGCACCGGCGCGGUGCCUCGGGGCGGGUGAGCCUCCCAGCCUGGCAGCAGGACAGCCCAGCCAACAAAACCCUCCUCCUGGUCCUGAAAAAUCACGCAGAAGGCAUUUCUAAAGGGGAGCAGAGGCCUUGGCAAUCAUCAUUGCCGAAGCACUGCAGGGAGAAGGUCACGUCUCACCUUCCUGUGGCUGCAAGAACUGAAGCCACACCCUACGUGACUUGAGUCACGUGUAGUGAUGUUCUUUCUCCAAACCCCAGCACCUAGAAAGGGAUCUGCCACUUACAGAGCCAAGAAACGAGGUAGAAAGAAGCAGGUAGUGAGCCAAAACCUCUGGUGACAGUUUUCCCCAAAGCUGGUUGGGUCCAUCGCCAUCCUCUGGCCUCCAGAUCUCCAUUUCUGUCUGUAAACUUCCCCCUUCUCCAGACUCUCUUCCUCUUCUUGAAGAGCUCAUUAAAUGCAUGAUAUUUUCCCCCUCCCAAA